AUGCAUCACGUGUCUGUAAGUCUGGAGAACGUGGUGGCCGAGAAGUCGGAGAUCGAGGCGACGAUCGAAGGCCAGUGCAGCGCCGAGUUUGCGAUCCAAGCGCAGCUGAUGGAGGAGAAGGAGGCCGUGGAAGAAGAAGUGCGGGAGCUGGAACGGAAGCUAAAGGAAAAGCUGGAGCGCGUCCAGGAGAUCCAGUCGUCUAUCGACACUGCGCAGCGAGAUAUCGACACGGUGCGGGGACGCUAUUCGCGUCAACUGAAGCGCAUUGCGGACCGUGAAGAAGGCAUCAAGAAGACCAAGGCAGAGGUGGAGUCGGACGGCCAGCAACUCGAGCAACAGCGUCAGGACUUCCAGGAGAAGUUGAAGCAGUACGCGGAGGAUAUUACAGUCAUUGGGAGACGCAUCGGCGCUGUGAAGAAGGAGAUGCGCGCGGCAGCGUUGUUGGCCAAUGUGCUGGAGGUCCAGGAGACGCGACGGGAGCAGUCGAUGAUCCGGAAGAAGCAGCAGACGGCGGAGCUGAGCUCGCUGAAUGACGCAGCGGCCGUGGCCGAGCAGAGCUUCACGAUGCUCAGUAACCAGCACGAGGAGCUGGAGAAAUCCAUGUCGAUCCAUCGCAAUGCUAUCGCGUCGGCCGAGGCGAUGAUCCCACGCUUGGAGCAGGAGAAGAGGGGGCUGCUGCGCAACAUGUUGGUGAAAGUGGUGGAGAUGGAGCUGCAAGAUCUGAAGGAACGUAUCGGCAAGCGUGAAGUGGAGUUUGAAGAGAAGAAGAAGGAGCUGAAGGAGAUGGAGAAACAUCUCGAGUUAGCCACGUUGCAAGAGCUCUGGAAGGAGGCCAAGCACUUGAGAACGGCGCUGCGGAAGAUCGAGAAGUGUAAAAGUGAGGGCGACGACGGCAUUGACUUCCGGUCGUCGGCCAUGUUGCUGGUUCAAGCCGAGUACGACGCGUGUAUGUUACAAGUGGAGAUGUUGGAGAAGAAGUACGACGUGUGUGACCCCGCAAAGAACGAAGACGUGGACGACGACGACGAGUCGGUGGAUGGCGACGAGAACGACGAGAGUGACCACGUGUCUGUCUCGCGCUCGAGUUUGACGGGUAGAGCGACGGAUAUUGAGGCUUUAGAUGUGGAUGUGGAGGCGCUGGAAGACAGCAGCAUGGCGUUAGAAGAGAUCUCGGCGCACCUUGUGGAGCUGGAGUCGCAGAUUGAAAAGGCCACGGAGAACGAGGACUACGACUUGGCUGCUAGACUGGACGAGAAGAUCGAAGACUUGAAGGAUCGUCAGCAGGCUCUACAGGCCUCCAUCUCACAGGAGAUUGAAGAGAAUGAGUCUGUGGACGAGGCCGAGAUCGAUUCGAUAAGUCACGAACUGGACGAGGAAGCCGAGGUGGAGUACGCGCACGAAGAAAUGGUGAGUCCAGUGAGCGCGGUGCGGAGUCAGGACGAGUUGACGCAGACGGUCGAGACGAUCCAAGUGCGCACUGUGAUGUUGGAGAAACAGAUCGAGUUGGCGACGGAGAACGAGGACUAUGACACGGCUGCGACGUAUGAUGAAGAGCUGCGGACGUUGCGAGAGCAGGAGAAGGAUAUCUGUGUUCAACUGGGCUCUAGUGAUGUCACGAUGUUCGGAGGAUUGGACGUCAAGACUGACAGUCCUGUUGGAAGCCACGAGUCGGUUAAGGAAGAUACGAGUGGAUCUCUGUUCGGUGGACUGCAGAUGAGUAAUGGUCCAGCGACGUCGGAGAGUUCAACGGAAGUCCCGACUGAAGCCGCUGUGGAAGACGAGGACCAAGUGGCGGAAGAUGAAGACGCAGCACCGGACAAAGCGGAAGUGCACUCGCCGACGUCUUCGGACAUGAAGGAUUCGUUCUUUGGAACCCCUGAAGUAGCCAGACCGGACGCUAGUUUGGUGGCGCCGUCUGCGUCUGGUUCGUUGUUCGGGGGUCUGCACAUGAGUGGCAACUUUCAGGUCAGCUCAUCGUCAGUGACGCGGAUGCUGUUCGUGGUGACAGUGGCGACAUGUUCAAUGGCUUGCAGUUGA